AUGAUCUAAAAAGUUAAAAUUGAAUGUGUUAAACAAGGAUACUAAAUUAGCAAUGAAAUGAAAUUUGAUAUAAUAGAUUUUUAUACUAAAUCUUUACAUCAAGAACAUUAUGCUCAUAAAACUGAUUACAUUAGACAUAAUCUUGAAGAAAAAUAUGGUAUAUUAUUAAUUAUAAAUAAUAGGACGUUGUUUCUCAAUAAUAAUGUAUUAGAUUGGUGCUUUUGUGUCUCAUUCAUUUUUACAUGCAGAUGAUUUUUUAUUAGAAUUAAGAUCACCUGAACAUCAUAUAUUAGCAUAUAUGUUACCACCAUCAUUUACUCCUCCUCCUUUAAUUCCUGAACCAUAAGUUAUACCAUUUAGUAGAACAACUACUCAACAAUUACAUGUAUCUAAAUAUUAGUAAUUGUAUUACAUUUUAACAUAGUCAGCCAUAUAAUACUAGUUAUUACCGAUAUUGA